GACAGAGCCCAAUGAUUCAUUGUUGAGAGAGAGAGAGAGAGAGAGAUAGAUUGCAUGCUUUAAAACGACAUCGAAUUUGACGCCACGGGGAACACCAUUUCCAGGCGGGUUCGCAGCCACAAGAGAUCGCUGAUGGCCGCCACUUCCGCCGGAAAACCCCUCUCCGGUGCCUCUCCUACGCUAUCCCCUUCUCCCAACCCUAAACCCUCCACUUUCUCUCCCGAUUUUCCGCCGCCACUCAUCAUCUCCUCCGAUCAACUCCGCCAUUGCACCGACGCUCUCAAAGCUUUCCAGGAAAAGCUCCAGAUGCCUCAACAGAUCCGCAACGAGUUCUUCAUCUUACAGGCCAACAGGAUGAGCCCAUCAGAGAUGAAGAGUAGAUGCUCUGUGGCUCUUGAUAGUGUCAAUUGUAGCAAAAACCGUUAUGGAGAUGUCUUACCCUUUGACAAAAACAGGGUUGUACUUAAUCCAUGCAAGGAUUACAGACCAUCAGCAAGGGGUUAUAUCAAUGCAAGCUUCAUUGAGACAUCUUCAUCUGAAAGCAUAUCUCGGUUCAUAGCCACACAAGGUCCAUUACCUCAUACCUUUGAAGACUUCUGGGAGAUGAUAAUCCAGAAUCGUUGCCCUGUUAUAUUGAUGCUCACUCGGUUGGUCGACAAUUUCAAGAUGGUGAAAUGUGGAGACUAUUUUCAGGCAGAGGAUGGCCCUAGAGAAUUUGGUAAUAUCUGUAUUGCCACUAAAUGGAUAAAAACAACCGACACUGCAAUAGUGUUGCGCCAUUUGGAGGUGAAUUACAAAGAUUCAGAAGAGCCACCACUGUCUGUUUUGCAUAUUCAAUAUCCUGAAUGGCCUGAUCAUGGAGUUCCCAAGGACUCCCUUGCUGUCCGUGAAAUAUUAAAAAGAACUUACAGUGUAUCACCCACUCUAGGAUCAAUAGUUGUUCAUUGCAGUGCAGGUAUUGGGAGAACCGGAACUUAUUGCACAAUUCACAAUACAAUCCAAAGAGUCCUAGUUGGGGAUAUGACUGCUUUAGACCUCGUUAAUACCAUAACCAUGUUUAGGUCACAGCGAAUUGGAAUGGUUCAAACAUUGGAUCAAUACCUUUUCUGCUACAAUGCUAUUGUUGAUGAACUUGAAGACCUCAUUUUAGAGUUCAACAAACAAAGUGGCAUAUAAAUCUCCAUUUAGAUUGGUGGCCUAAUUUGUUAUUCAAGCUAUAUACAAAGAAAGUCGAGCCAUAUGUUUCAUCAAGGUGCGCAACUUUACUCAGAUUUGCAUUCUUUAGCAGCAGGAGUUAGAAAAAAAUAUUUCAGGUCCAUUUAUCGUAUUUCUAUGAACAGAACAAAAUUUCAUUUCUGUUGUGUAGUUUCUCUCCUAAACUGUGUAAAAAUCCAAACUGAAUCAUUUGCAUAAACAUUGAUCUGUUCCUGAUUCUUCAAGUUAGGGUAUUUGAGGAUAUGUUUAA